AUGGAAAACGAAAGUUAUUUCAAGACUGUUACUUCUAUUAAAUCUAAUCGUUCAGAAUAUGAGCUUAGCAAACCUAUGAAAUCCCAUGAUAGACCUUUGAAGGAAUCUGAUCUUGCUUUGUACUAAGCUGCAAGGGAGAAAUGCGCUAACAAAUAAAAUGAAAAAUUAUCUACCCCUUUAUUUUAAGUUACUACCCUAAUUACAAAUGCAGCUCCUCUUCACAAACCCACAGUAAAGACUACUCAAUUUAGCAAUUAACCAACUAGUGUUUUUGAUUUUACUGAUAAUCGUAAGGAAUAAAAUUUUAAGCCUCACUGUAUCAAGGUUACUGAGCCUGGAAACAACUCGGAUUUAGUUUACAAGUAAUAAUUAAAAACUUCCAAUCUCCCAAAUAGAGAAAAUCUAUAUCGUAAUCCUAUUACUAAUGGAGAUCCAAAGAGUGAAUAUAAUAGAAGCACCAAAACUCCCUUUCCAAAAAACCAAAUAAACUUUGUUGGUUGA